GCUUCACCUGGGGAGUCACUGCUUUGGUCUCCCGCGGUCAGCAGUCGGUUACCACCUAUCCAGUCAAACCAAGAACCAGCAAUGCGGUUCACGAAAAAGAAAAGGAAAAAACCUGAAGAACCAGCAAGAUGGGCGGCCAGGAUUUGAGUUAUGCUAAACCCCAGUAGAAGCACUGUAACCAUCUUCCUCUCACUUCUACUCCUACCUCCCCGCCGCCGCCGCCGCCGUUGACGACUUGACGGUGCCGAGCCACCGUAUCCAUGGCGAGCUCACCGGGGACAGGACUACCACCGGGGAGCUCUCCUGUGAGUUCACCAACACCAUUCCCCCCCGCACCUCCUCCCCAGGAAAGCCCCCAACCUACCACCGCUGAUCCGCUGGAGCCAGCCCAAUCCGAUCACGCCAAGCCCACCCCACAGCCGCACCCAGGAAAAGCCACCGCGACAUCAGAUGCCUACAAAUCGCCGGCGCCGAUGGACGGAUUAACGCGCGAGGCGGGCCGGCCGCCUUUGCUGUCUCCUCAGGAGGCUACCCUGGCGUCACUUGCGCUCGAAGCCGCGAAGCCGGAGGAGCAGACUCCGGUUUCGCCUCCUCCCCUGGUGGAGGUCUUCCCCGAGGCAGCGGCCAGAGCAGCAUCUCCUAUUCCCUCGCCUCAAAUUGCGGCGGCCUCGGCGGCGGCUGCUUUACCGCCGUCAACCACACCUUCUCCACCGGCUUCGACUUGGACUUCGGCAGGCGCCUCUCGGGAUGCACCUCUCACCGAUUCGGCGGCAAUGGCGUCCGAGGAAGUCGCUCGGUUACCCGCUGCGCUCGAACCAAUAGACGCGGACCCGCUUACUGCACAAGCGUCGGCAACGAAGAGUAUGGCGGAGAGGUUGUCACCACAGCAGCAUCUGCGACCAAUUUCUUCUACCUCGCUCAUUGGGUGUGAAAAUUUCGAGCUCGGAUUGCUGCCUCCUCCUCCUCUGGCUGAAAUCACACAUGAGUUGUCAGACGCUGCAGGUACCGAUGAAAUUGAUGUGGCUGAAGAAGCUGCUGGGACAUCGCCUGCAGUGGCUGCAACGGACGAGAAGACAGACAGCGCACUUGCAGGGCCAUUGAUAUUUGAGAAUGGUGCUGAGGGAUCAUCUGAACUACCAGUGCUAACACCACGUUCUCCCCAAAUGGAAGGUGAGCUCUGUUCGCUGGAGAUGGCACCUCCGGGGUUUGAGAGUUUUGAAUCUUCAUGGACACCACUGCUCCCUGCCACCCUUCCAGCUGAAACUACACACUCACUGCGAAAUGCAGCUGCCACAGAGGCUAUGGCCGUGCCGGAGGAAGCGGCUCGAUCACUGCCUAUAUUGGCUGUGGAGCCAAUGACAGAUACUAAACCUGGCUUGCCAUCGCCGGAGAGUUUGGCAGAGGGGCCAUUUCAACAGUCACUUCUCAGACCACCUUCUCCGAUCACACAAGCUGAGCCCUGCUCGCCAGAUACGCCACCUCCAGGGUUUGAGAAUUUCAAGUUAUCAUGGCUGCCGCCACCAAAUGAAGCCACAUAUGCCACUAAGGCAGCGGCAGUGACACUUGAGGAAGCAAUUUUGCCAGUGCCAACACUGGAGGCAAUGGAUGUGGAGACAGACACUGCAUGCAGCUUGCUGCCACCGUUGGAGAACGAUCCAUUGCUGAGACCAACUACUCCAAUGCCGCAGUCUGCACCUUGUUCACCACAGGCACCUCCAGGGUUUGAGAAUUCUGACUCAUCUUGGCCACCACUAUCCAAUGCUCUGUCUGGGACUGCAUAUAUCUCUCCAAAUGAAACUGCCACGGAGCCUUUGGCCGUGACGUUUGAGGAGGCGACUGGGCCAACACCUACAGCAGAGGCAAUAGAUGUGAAGAUCCGUGCCAAACAUCCACUACUGCUACCGUUGGAGAGUGGAGUGGAGGGAUCAUUGAAAGAGCCACAGCAAAAACCACCUUCUCCCACUAUGCAAGAUGCACCCUGUUCACCACAGGCACCUCCAGGGUUUGAGAAUUCUGAAUCAUCUUGGCCACCACUAUCCACUGCUCUGUCUGGGACUGCAUAUAUCACUCCAGAUGAAACUGCCACGGAGCCUUUGGCCAUGACGUUUGAGGUGGCGACUGGGCCAACACCUGCAAUAGAGGCAAUAGAUGUGAAGAUCCGUGCCAAACAUCCGCUACUGCUACCGUUGGAGAGUGGAGUGGAGGGAUCAUUGCAAGAGCCAAAGCAAAAACCACCAUCUCCCACUAUGCAAGAUGCACCCGGUUCACCAGAUAUGGCACCUCCAGGGUUUGAAAAUUUUAAGUCAUCACAGCUACCGCAACAUUCUCCACCGCUGAUGCAGACUACAUGCACCUUGCAUGAUCCAGCCACCAUUGAAGCUGUACAUGUGUCAGAGGAAACUGCUCAGACAUUGCCUGCGUUGGAAGGAAUGAGUGUAAACAUGGACACAUCAUCGGAGAAUGGAGCAGGGUCAUUUCAACAGCAACCCCCCAGGCUACCAUGUCCUAUGGAGAAGGGUACUGCUUGUUCACCAGAGAUUGUGCCUUCAGGGCAUGAGAACUUAGAGUCCUUGCAGCUGUCGCCACUGCCUGUUCUUCCUCAAGUUCAGACCCCAGAUGCCUUGGUUGAUGUGGUUGCCAUUGAGGCAGUCGUGGGGCCAUUGGAAGAAGUGCAUCAUCCACCACCUGUGCUGCUGAAAAUUGAAGAGGGCACAGCCCCCAUUCGGCCACCACCGUUGGAGAGUGGUUCUGAAGGGUCGUUACCACAACUAGAGCAACAUGUGCAUUCUGUUACGACACUGGCCGUGGACACCCUGACAGGUGCACCUGCCACAAAGUCUGUGGCUGUGGAGUCAGAGGAAAGAGCUCCGCCACAGCUUGCAUUACAGGCAGUGGAUACAAACAUGGAAUGUGCAACUACAUUGCUCACGUUAUCGAAGAAGGAAGGAGAGGAUUCAUUGCCACAGCCACAGCAUCCGCCGUGUUCUCAAACUGUGCAGGCUGCACCUUGUUCACUGGAGGCCUUGGAACUUCUGCCACCGCCACCACCUCCUUUCCUAAACAAAGAAAUGGGUCAAAUGGUAUGUGGAUGCUGCCGUGAGCUUCUUGCUUAUCCUAGAGGUGCUGUUCAUGUUCAGUGUGCUGGCUGUCUGACAAUAAACCUUGUAUUGGAAGCACAUGAAGUUGGUAAAGUACACUGUGGACGAUGCGAGACAUUGUUGAUGUAUCCUUUCGGAGCGCCUGCUGUUAAAUGUUCCUUGUGUCUUUUUGUCACUGAAAUUGGAGAGCGCAAGGUUCGUCCUCGGAUAUCAGUCGAGCAGGUUGUGCCGCCUCACCCACCUCAGCUGGCUAACCAGAGCUAGGUGAAGCCAGUCGUUGUUGGUUCUGUAUACCUGGUUGAUUUCUGUAAUACCAAGAAACUUGAAAUGCCGCUGUGUGUAAUUCUUGCAGUUUUUGCAUGGGCAUUCUGUUCUCCUGGAGAAAGGUAUAGAAAGUUCAGACCCAUCCUGUUGCGUGGGGAUAAAGGUAACAAGAUAGUGUGCCCAAAUCCAAACUGAAAAAACUGGAGUAUAUUUUCCUCUUUUAGACAAAAAAAACCAUAGCAUUGUCAGUUGCUCCAGAAAAUAUUGUACGGACUCAAUCGGCGCUGGACUCUUAAUUUUGGUCAAGUUUAUCACUGGGCCUAUGUUUAGUGGAGGCCUAGCCAGCUCUAUGCGGAAUGCGGCUAAGGAAACGCUACGUGAGGCCGGGAGAAGGGAACCCCCGGGAGAGCGCACACGGCUGCGCUGCGCUCGCGGCUCGCCCAUGGAGUCCGGCGGUGGUGCCCGUGUUCGGCGGCAGCUCCAGGCGGUGGGACGUGUCGCGGCGUACCUCGGCGGCGGAUUCCUCCUCCUCUCCGCAGCAUCCACCGCCGCCGUGCGCUCACUCCGCUACCUCUCCGAUGCCAACCAGAGGAAAUUCGCGAUGCUGUGUGGUGCCUGCGAGGGGAAAGGAACCUACGCGUGCAGGCUCUGCAGGGGCAGCUCCACGGUCGAGUGGUCUCCGCUCUACGACCCGGUGUUCGUCAACCCGUGCCUCUGCCCUACCUGUGAUGGGACUAGGGUCCAGCGCUGCUUAAACUGCCUGGGCAAAGGCUAUGCAUGAAGAAUCAAUGUGUGCCAAAUGCCAACUUUCUUACUUAUGUGUUUUUCGCGGGAUCAGCUUUUGUUGUUGAGUAAAUUUAGUUUUGUAUUCGUAGGUGGGUUCUGAAUUGUUAACAGAGCAAGCACUGUAUUUUGCUCAUGGAAUGUAAUUGAUUGGUGACUAAACUGGAUGGUUUGAGUUGAGAACUACUCCGUAGUGGUAAGUGUAAAAAGAAUUUCUGGUUCAAUCCAAAA